CCCUCCCUUCUCCACCCGCCGCGCAUGCGCGCUGGGCGGCGCAGGGCCCCGGCGGCGGAGGGAAGAUGGCGGCGGUGGUACAGAAUGUGGUGAAGCUCCUCGGGGAACAGUACUACAGGGAUGCCAUGGAGCAGUGCCACAACUAUAACGCCCGGCUGUGUGCCGAGAGGAGCGUCCGCCUCCCUUUCCUCGACUCCCAGACCGGGGUGGCCCAAAGCAACUGCUACAUCUGGAUGGAGAAACGUCACCGAGGGCCAGGUUUAGCCGCUGGGCAGCUUUACUCCUACCCCGCGCGCCGCUGGCGGAAGAAACGCCGUGCUCAUCCUCCGGAGGACCCGAGGCUUUCCUUCCCUUCUAUCAAACCGGACACCGAUCAGACCCUGAAGAAGGAAGGGCUGAUCUCUCAGGACGGCAGCAGCCUGGAAGCCCUGUUGAGGACUGACCCGUUGGAGAAACGUGCCCUCCCGGACCCCCGCAUCGACGACGACAGCCUGGGCGAGUUCCCUGUCACCAACAGCCGUGCGCGGAAGCGGAUUCUUGAGCCAGAUGACUUCCUGGACGAUUUGGACGAUGAAGACUACGAAGAAGAUACGCCGAAGCGGAGAGGGAAGGGGAAAGCCAAGGGCAAAGGUGUUGGAGGGGCUCGCAAGAAGCUGGAUGCAGCUAUAUUAGAAGACCGGGAUAAACCCUACGCUUGCGACAAUAGUUACAAACAAAAGCAUACCUUGAAACCUCCCGAUCGAGUCUGCGGGAAGCGAUACAAGAAUCGGCCAGGAUUGAGCUACCACUAUGCUCACUCCCACCUGGCCGAGGAAGAAGGCGACGACAAGGACGAUUCGCAGCCCCCCACUCCUGUCUCGCAGCGAUCGGAGGAGCAGAAAUCCAAGAAAGGACCUGACGGCUUAGCUUUGCCCAACAACUACUGCGAUUUCUGCCUGGGAGACUCCAAAAUCAACAAGAAGACGGGACAACCGGAGGAGUUGGUCUCGUGCUCGGACUGCGGGCGAUCAGGGCACCCCUCCUGCCUGCAGUUCACCCCCGUGAUGAUGGCGGCCGUCAAGACGUACCGCUGGCAAUGCAUCGAGUGCAAGUGCUGCAAUAUCUGCGGCACCUCCGAGAAUGACGACCAGCUGCUCUUCUGUGAUGACUGCGACCGCGGCUACCACAUGUACUGUCUCACCCCCCCCAUGUCGGAGCCGCCGGAAGGGAGCUGGAGCUGCCACUUGUGUCUGGACCUGCUGAAGGAAAAAGCCUCCAUCUACCAGAACCAGAACAACUCCUGAUCCCGCUCCGCCGGCGGGACGGGCUCCCCGGUGCCCUCGUUCCACGUGUUUUCCCUUGGGGUUUUUUUUUUUUUUUGGAUCUUUUUUCUUUUCUUUUUUUUUUUAAACCUUCCCCAUGUUUUUGGUUGAUUUGGGGUUGGUUUGGGGUUUUUCUUUUGUUUGGGUUUUUUUUUUUACCGCUUGGGGAGGGGGUGUCGGGGUUUAUUUUAUUCGUUUUUGCCGCGCGAGGGUUUAUUUCUCACCUCCCCGCAGUGAGAUGGGGCAUGUCCCCCUGCGAGGACGGGGUGACGCUGACGGGUCCCCACCCUGCAGAGUGGCUUUUGGGGUGACACUGCAGUGUCCCUGGGGGGACCCUGUCCCCACCCAGGGGACAUGGAUGGGACAGGCCUGUCCUUCCCAUCGCCGUUUCCCAGGUUUCCACCCAAAACGAGGUGCCCGAAUCCACUCCGCCGCCUCCCUGGCAAGGCGGCGUGCCAAAAACUUGCUUUUUCCCCCCUUUUCUUGGGAAAAUUCAGACCCCUGCGCCAGCUGCAGUCGCGGUUUUGGGGCUUUUUGUUAAUUUCUUGGGUUUUUUGGGGGGUGAGGUUUUUUCCUCUGCUUUUAUUUUUAUUUCCUAUUUUUCUCCCUGUUUUUAUCAUUUCUUUUCGCCCCGCCGUCUCUCCCGCCUCGGAGGAUGCUCCCCACAGCCCGGCCAGUCCCCCCCCACCCCCUGCCCAGAUGAGGCCUUACACCCCGACAUCCUCUUCCGGCCGGCAUGAAACGGGGCAAAAUCCCUCCGUCUUGGGAUUUUCCCCCACUUCCUCCUCCAGCUGGCGCAAAACGGGGCAAAACCCCUCCAUUUGGGGGUUUUCCCUUGCUCCCACACGGCGCAGAGGGAGAAAUGCUUCGCCCCGUCCCCCACCCCCCCCCCCAACCCGUCACGGUCGCACAGGGUUUGUUUUGGGGUUUGGGGGGAUUUCUUUUGGGGGGGAAAAGCCACUUUCACCCCCAAAACGCCGCUGACGGGGAGAGAUAGGAGACGCCACUGUUCUGGGGCUCUCUGGGGACACCCCGAUAUCCCCGUCCGCCCCCCCCAAGGGUCCCGUUGACUGAAUGUGCCUGUUUUUUCUAAAAAUCAACUUUAAAAACCUACCUCCGAACCCCUCCUCCCCACCACUACACCCCGAAUUUCACCUCCGAGAACCCCCCAAAAGAGAGGAGCCAACCGGGAUGGCAGCAGAGCAGCCCCAAAAAUGGGCCCAUUAGCAGAAAAAUGGCCCCAAAAUAGCCCCCCAAAAUGACCAAAACAGCCCCGAAAGUGACCGAAAUAGCUCCAAAUUAACCAAAACCGCUCAAAAUUGACCAAAAUCUCUAAAAAAUACUGCCACACCAAAAAAAAAAAAGGAUCUGGGUGACAAAGCAGCUCCAGCCCGGUGGUUUCUCUCCUUCCCCUCCUUGAGCGCGAUUCGGGUGGAAAUGAAGGCGUUUUGGUUAAAAAUGGGUGGGUUUUCCCCCAUUUUCGCGCCCUGACGGGGGCGGGACGAUAAAAUGUCCCUAAACGGGUGGGUUUUACCCCAAUUUCCCCUCGGCAAAGCUUCACGGUUGUGUCUUAUCCGGGAAAAAAAAAACCGAAGCGACACCAAAACAGCUUGUUUUCAUAAUAAAAAUGGAUAAAAAAUGCA